CCCCCUUCCCCGCACCCCCACAGCCCGAGCCGCCCAGAAUAGCCACCCAAAUUGCAAUCUUUGUUUCUCUCUCUUCCCAGGCCUCUCUCUCUCUAUCUCUCACACCAAAAAUAUCUAUGAAAAAUACAUUUGCAAUCCCAAACCAUAGAGCAUCGAGCGAGCGAGCGAAUCCCAUAAAAACAAGCACAGUAGCAUCAUCAUCAAUAAAGGGAUGAACAUGAACCAACCUCUUCCUUGGUGUUCUUGUUCUUGUUCUUCUCACUAUUCCAUCUCUCUCACUUUUCCCUUAAACACCCCCAAGCAAUAAGUUAGAAGAUAGAACCCUAGAGCGUUGAGACGACAGCACAGUAAAUUUAUCAGGAACAGGUAAGAAACAGUAACAGUAGAAGCAUAGCAGUAGCAGUAGCAUCACCAUGUCCCUUGAAGAGUCGCUAAGAUCUCUGCCGCUGGAUUACCUGAACCUCCUCAUCAACGGCCAGGCCUUCAGCGACGUCACUUUCAGCGUGGAGGGACGUCUGGUUCACGCGCACCGCUGCAUACUGGCCGCGCGGAGCCUCUUCUUCAGGAAAUUCUUCUGUGGGCCGGACCCACCCUCUGGCCUGGACCCCACCGGCCCAAGGAUCAACUCGCGCUCCGGAGUCAUACCCGUCAACUCCGUCGGCUCCGAGGUCUUCCUCCUCAUGCUCCAGUUUCUCUACAGUGGCCUGGGGUGCGGGAGAACGGGGGGUGUGGGGUGCGGGAAGGAGGUGGGGAAGAAUGAACAAGGAGAAACCAUCAUGGAUAUCCAAAAGAGGUUUACACACAUUAUCAACUACAUGAAAGGCUUAGGAAAGAUCUUCGAUGAAGAAGAAGUAAAUGUCAAGGUCCUAAAGUCACUAAAUAUAAGAUGGAAACCUACGGCGACAACAAUUAUUGAAUCUAAGAAUCUGGCUCAAAUGACAUGUGUUGAGUUAUUUGGGAAACUUAGAGAAUAUGAGUGA